AUGCCCGAACCAAGCCCACACCCACGAAAACAAGAUCCAACCAUAAUUCCCAACCCCCGCCGCCUCCUCAUCCUAACCCCCUCGCAACACUCCCACACCACAAUCCCCCCAUUCCUCCACUCCUUAACCGGGACACCUGUUGUCGAUCCCCCGACCUCGACAAUCGACCAAAAGCCAGAUACAGAUUCUAAGGGCGAUACGACAACGACAACAACGACGACGACUACAUUCGCAGGCUACACGACACAUCCCCCGCUUAAACUCGAGAAUAGGUAUUAUAAAGCUGAGGUGCCGAUUUGGGUUGAUGAGAUUCCUUUGGACAAUUCCCCUGGGGAUGUGAAUGCGAAUGUGGAUAUAGAUACACAACAUGAACGAUCGGGGUUAAACCCCGAAGAUAAAGAAGGACAAGGAGAAGGAGACCUCCUCACACCGAAAACAUGGCAGAAAGAAUUCUCAGGCCCAGAAGCCAAGGUCGUUAGAGAUGCUAUUGGGGGUGUGGUUAUUUCUCCAUCUACAGAACAAGACAUGGAAGAAAGACCGGAGUGGAAGGGUCUGAAGACGUUCCUGGAAGCUGUGGGCUUUGUUAAGGGCGUUAUGGAUGAGGAGAGAGGGGGAUUGGGUGAUGUUCUUGGGUUGGUUGUUUUGGUGGGUAGGGGGAGAGAGUCGGGUGUUGGUGCUAGGACUAUUUCUGGGGAUCCGGAUGAGGUCAAUGACUUGGGGGAGGAAGAGGUGUUUUCUGUCCCCUGGUGGGAGGAUAAAUUGUUUGAUCUUGGGUUGGUGGGGUUCGAGGUUGUUAAUUGGGAUCCUAGGGAGGUUGGGCUGAGUGAGGAGAGGGAUCGCUUUGGGGAGUAUCAGGGUAUGCGAAGGGUGAGGGAGAUUCUGGAGACGCAUGACUGGGCUUCGACGCCUUCUGGGGAGUCGGGUGGUGUGGACGAUGUCGAGGAUGAGCUUGAGGGGCAUUUGCUUGAGGAUGGGUUUGAUUUGGAGGUGAACGAGCUGGAACGGGAGAUGGUUGGGCUGCGGUUUGCGAUAGAGAAUGGAGGUGACGAUUUAGGUGGGAUUGACGGCGAUGAUGAAAUCAAGGUCGAGUCGAUGGAGGCGUUGAUGCUGAGGAUGAAAGCUAUUAAAGGUUCUACUUGUUACGCGUUAUGA